CGAUCGCUCGACGCUGCUACAUGCGCUCGUUUUCGUUUUGGCGUGUGGCAAACGCGCGUUGUCGUAACGCUCGAAUGCACAAAUCACAGUAAACAAAUCAGAGUCAGCUAGUCAGUUUAAUAUGAAAGCUGACGCGGCCAAUAGCGCAACAGACGGUGCUGCGGUGUGACUAGGUUUGAGAUCGAAUAGCGCGUUUACGAAUUUACGAAGAAAACGCUAAAUAAAAUAAGUUACGAUUUUUAAAUAAAAACUGAGGAAUUAAAAAAAAAUGUUUUAGUGUAAAAAAAAUUAUUUUUAUUGGAAAAAGAAUAUUUCGAUAAAUAAAAAAUAUUUAAAAAAAUAAUAAAUUUACUAGAAAAAAGAUUUUUGUGAGUAUACGACAUUUUUAUAAGAAAACAACAACAACUAAAAAAGUGAAUUUCGAAAAAAAAAUUAGAGCUUAAAAAAAGAUUUAGAAAAAAAACGUAAGCUUAGUAAUAUAAUAAAGUUUAAAAAAAAAUUAAAAAGAAAAAAAUCAAAAAAUAUUAUAUUUAUUUAUUAAAAAAAUAAAAAUUAAUAAAUUAUAAUUAAUUAAAAAAAUAAAAAAUUUGCGAAAAAAAUACGAACGACAAAAAUUCUAGUAAAAAUAUUGAAAAUUUCGAACAAUAUUUGCUACUAUACGAAAGUAGAAUCCAACACAGUUACAAAAUUUCAAAUAUCGAAAUAAUAUUAUUUAAAAAAUAUUAUUUUAUAUAAAAAAUACAUUUUUUCAUUGAAAAAGUCUAAAAAAUAUUAUAUAUUGAUAUUUGAAAAAUUAAAAAUAAUAAUAAUUGACUAGAAAAGAAAAAAAAUAUUUUACAAAAAAUAAAUCUGGUGUGUGAAAGAACGAAUUGAAGAUAAUUACUUAUUACAGUUUUAAACUAAAAGAAAACGACAAUUUUAAGUGAAAGUUACAACAGAACUACAUUUUCUACAUACAAAAUCCCAAAAUUUGAAAAGGUCGAAAAAAUAUUACAAUAUACCAAAAAGUUUAAAAAACUUAAGCCGCAAACUCAAAAAAUAGUAAUAAUUAUAUUUAAAAAACAAUUAGUUAAAAAUAUCUUAAGUCAAAAAAACAAUAUUGGAGAUUAAAAAUCGAACCACAAAUCACAAAAAGAAUUAAUUUCAUAUUGUGAAUCCUAUUUCCUCGUUACAAAAAUCAAAAACAAAUUAUUGGUCGAAGAUUCAAGAAACAGUAAUAAAUAUAUAACAAAAAAAUUUUUUUUGUAAAUAUUUUAACUCAAAAAAUAUUAUUACAGUCUAUGAAGUGAACCAAAUAAUAAAUAUAAAAUAAAUUGCAUGUUGUGUGACGUCAUUGCUGGAAAAAAAUUAAAUUCAUAUAUAAAAUUAAAAGCCAAAUUUUUAAACGAUUUUAGAGAACAAAAUAUAAAAAAAUUUUAAAAAUAUUUUAGUUAAAGAUUAAAAAAAAAUUGGAAAUAUUUUGACUAAAAAGAAUAAUACUUAAAACAUUAUAUACAAAAUCGCAGUUAAAAAAUCUGUAAACAUUUGUAAGCAAACAACUUCAAAUUGCCAAAAAAUUCCACCCACCCUAAAUGAGUUGUACAAAAUGUUUCUGCGCCGCGCUAUACAAGUUGCCACCGUGCUAAUCUAUUGGUUCGUCAUUGUGCCAGUAAUUGCGAAAUAUUUGGAGGACAUUAAAUGGAUGCGUCGCGGCAAAUGGACGCGUAAGAAAUUGGGCUUUUACGGCAUUGCCGCCUUCGCCUUCAUCUUCAUCUACUUUCUAUGCAUGUAUGCCUAUAUGCUAUGCAAACGUUGGGAGCGUAAAAUCCUAACGGACAUGAAACAGUCCGUAUCGAAAGCGGCCGAAUCGGAGGUACCCUCAGCGGCCACAUCAAUGGCCACCGUCGCCGAAUUGGAACCACUCGAACGUAUACGAGCAUCGCGUCCGGCAAUUUUACCAGCGCCACCUGUACACAGUGCCAGCGCACAAUUACUCACGAAGGAGCAACAGCUGCAAGAGCAGGAUGCCAACCAGCAGCAGCAGCAACAACAACAACGACCAACUGGCGCACGCAGUAAAGUGAAAACUCUGCGUUCUGCGCCCAAAAUACCCACAGUGCAUCGGUUGUUGCCCUCACCCACCACCACUACACUGCCGGUGAUUGUCACUACACCGUUGGCGCCGCUGCAGGAGGAGUUGGAGGCGAAGAAUAAGCGUUUAAGUCGCGCGGAAAGAUUGACAACAGAGUUAGCGGAUAUUUUGCGGCGCUAUUAUCGCAUGAGCACGGGUAACGGGGGCAAUAAAGCGCCCACAACGAUGGUGGAGCGGGUGUGAGCGUGCGAGGGUAGAGAAAAAUGUUAGAAAGUUGUUUAGUAAAUUGGUCGUAUAGCUUUGGAAUAGUGUUAAAAAUUAUAUUUUUGUAUUUGCGUUCAACUUGAAAUGGUAUUUUGGUGGAAAUAUGUAUUGGGGAAUGUUUUAAAGUUAAAACCUGGUUGUACAAAUCAACAAUGAUGAACUACAAUGAAUAAUUUCCUUCCUAUUGGACACACGUGUUGUGAAAGCUCAAAAUGAAAGUUUCAACAGUUCGGGUAAAUUUUGUAAGUGAAGUCUAGAAAUAUUUUUACAUUUGACGAAUAACGAUUUGUGAAACCUCUAAAUGAAAGUUUAGAUGAAAGCUUUUCAGUCAAAGAAGUAAUAAUUAGAAAUUGUGCUUUAGGAAUUUAUUAAACCAAAUAAAAACAAAAGCAUACAUGUUUACAAAGAAA